AUGACUUCCGCCACCAACUCUGGUAAAGCCCGCAUACGCUCGGACUACUCUUAUUUCCUCUCGUAUCGCACACGAUGGAGUGACAACGACCAAUACGGACACAUCAACAACGCUCUUUACUAUCAUUUCUUCGAUAGUAUCAUCAACGCAUAUCUCGUUGAGCACUGUGGUCAAAACCCAACAUCCUCGCCCUUAAUCGGACUGGUGGUGUCCUCGUCAUGCACCUUCUUCUCCCCUCUGUCCUUCCCUGCAGUUCUCGAUCUCGGGCUCCGCGUGACGAAGCUCGGUAAGAGGUCGGCGACCUAUGAGGUUGGGGUGUUCGAGGAGGGGAAGAGUCAGCCGUCCGCUGUAGGCGGAUAUACGCAUGUGUUCGUGGACAGUGCGACGAGGAAGAGCGUCGCAAUGGACAGUGCAGGCUCCGCGCUCCGCGUCGGUUUAGAGAAGUUACUGGAGUCGACAAGUCCUAAACCGCCAUUUACUUCUGCCAAGCUCUGA